CCCAUUAUAAAACCCAUAGGAAAAUCCAUAAGGGAACCCAUGGCGAAUUUUCUUGUGUGUUUUGGGACUACAACGUGAACACAUCUUGCGCGCGUCAGAUAUUACGUCACGGAAGUGAGGCACGCCCACUCGUCGCCAACGUCAACAAAGACAACGUGCAAAACAAAAUCUCAGACCAACAACAAUAUGCGAAUUCAAAGAUAAUCACAAAUUAAAUAGAUAGCAUUUGUAACACAACUACAAACGAUGGAUACCGACGCAAAGGCUCCGAGCAGAAGGAAAAGAGAUCUUCCCCCAAUUCCUCAAGGACAGAGGCGGGGACCUCGAGCACUUCCAUCUAUGCCAAGUCAAGACACAGCAGAGGAGAUACCUGCCCCAAAGAGUAUGAAAAAGAAAGCCAAAAGAGAUGUGGAGAAACCUGAUGAUGGUGGAAUGGAAAUGGGAGGGCUGGCCAGUUGCAGAGAGUCUGACAAUUGUGAGCCUUUGACCCCAGAGCCUCUAGACAAUCCGCCACAGAGGAGGAAAAAGAAGAAGAAAGCUCAGGCUAUUGAUGUUGAAGGAGAUCAAACAGACCUUGUGUCAAACGGAGAUAUGAUGGAUCAGAACACUGAUGAAGAGGUGACAAGGAAACCAAAAAAGAGGAAAGUGAAGCCUAAAGUGACAGAUACACAGUCCAACAAUGAACUAGAUGUGGAGGAUGAUGACAUCAUCACAGACCCCCAGACGCCGGUCCCUCAGCAUUCAUUGUUCUCUGCUCCUCAAGGGCAGAGCCAGCCUGUGGGGAAGGUGUUCAUUGAGAAGAGCCGUCGUUUUCAAGCAGCUGAGCGAGUGGACCAGUGGAAGCCCAGCAGCCAGAUGGAGCAGAGCUUUAUGGACAUCCAUUCAAUGUGGACCACUAGAGAUGUCUCUAUGAGAGUACACAGCGGCUUCAGGGUUGUUGGUCUGUUUUCUCAUGGCUUCCUGGCUGGUUAUGCUGUGUGGAACAUAAUCGUUGUCUAUGUGUUGGCUGGUGAACAAAUGAGAACUCUUUCCAACCUUCUUCAGCAGUAUCAUACCCUGGCCUACCCUGCACAAUCCCUGCUCUACCUGCUGCUGGCCCUUAGCACCGUUUCUGCCUUUGACAGGUUGAAUCUGGCUAAAGCUCCUGCGGCCAUGCGUAGCUUACUAACCCUGAAUCCGGUGGCACUUGCUUCCCUCUUGUACUUCACUGCACUUGUUUUAUCAUUGAGCCAGCAGAUGACUAGCGAUCGCAUUAAUCUCUACAAUCAAUACUCCAGCUUAAAUGUGACACUGUGGCAGCCAGGCUCAGAGCGUACCAUCCUGUACCCCUGGAUCAUAGUGAACCUGGUGGUCACUCUGCUAGUCGGGUUGGCCUGGGUUUUGAUGUCAACAAGCCCAGAUAUUGACCACACAGAAGAGUUUCUAAUGUCAAUGGAAGUGGACUAUGCAAAAGCAGAGGAGAAAGGAAACGUCACUGCUUGAUGCAGCUGAAUGCAUUUUAUUUACUCCAUUUUGAUACGUGGUUGUAGAUUUGUAAUUGUAUAUGGAAAUGUCACAUGCUUGCCCACUGUGAAGUCUCUGCAAUAAAUUAAAUUUUUGUCUUUACGA